GGUUGGCAUGAAGCUGGACCUUGGGAGCCCGGGAGGCCCUGGGGGUGGAAGCAACUUCUGUACUAGGGGAUUAUAGGGGAAUAGGAACUCCCUGUGUCUAGGCCAUCAUCAUUUAGGGAGCUUCCUUCUGAAAUCCAACUCCACCCAACGUAGAUCUCCCCCUGGCACCUAAGGACUCAGGUUUGCUGUCUUCAAAAAAUCUAAAGACUUGUUUUCCUGAAAAUGCAAUUAGACCAAAGCUGAAACUAAGGGCAGGCAAGGCAAGUAGCUGCCUAGGGAGGAAAAUAGGGAAGGGAGGAGGAAUCAAGGUGGGGAGCAAGAAAAUAAAGGCAUUCAUAUUUGCUGCCCAGAAAAAUUAUCCUCCAUGUCAAACAGCUAUUUCUUUUCUGACAGGUCUGUGUACCUGUAUUAGGAUGAAGACCAAAAGCCUAUAGGAGCCGGUAACGCCCAGGGAGGUCACAGUUUUCAAAUGAAAUAAUGAUUUUUGUGGAACCUUACAUUUAGAACUGGAGAAGACAGAGGCUAGCUUUUUCACCCCCCUCAUUUUAUAGAGGGAAGUGAAACCAAGAAAGGUUCAUUGGCAUAACUAUUUAGAAGCAAAACUAUGAUCCGAACCCAGGGCUUCUGCCUCCAGACUCAAUUCUUUUUCCAUCCCACCAGUUAUGCAUGAUUAAAUUCUUUGCAUAGUCUUAUUCUGCUUGGCCUCAGAGAUCAAAACUAGCAACUGUAUCCAGGGGAAGUCACUGAGAGGCAAAACUUCCUAACAAGAACUGUCCUAAAGAGAAAUGGGAUCACUUUAGAAGAGUUAGGGACUUGCAUCUUAUAAAAGAUCUUCAAGCACAGUCUAGGAUGAUCACUUGUCAGGGAUGUUGUUAAAAUAUAAUUUUACUUCCGAGACUUCUAAUUCUGAGAUACUCUUGACUUGGGCACUAUACCCCCAGAAACCCAGGGGAACUAUCAUCAGGGGAACUCCUUUGCUCCCUUACAUCCUUGUGACUGAGUCUAAAAACACGCAAUGACCCCCCCCUAGGGUCCUGAGAUGACUAUCUUCCUUUGAUUGUCCUCUAGAUUUAAGAUGGACAGAGAGAAGCACCCCCAGGCCACACUUCGAUCCUAUCAGACAUCUGUUUGUUCCUUAAAACUAAGGAAUCUUUAUGUCCCCAGGCAGAUGAUCACCCCACCUCCCCAAAUGCUCUGUUGUAAAAAGUAUAAAAUCCCCAGAACUGAUGUCCUCAUGGGGAACAGCCUUUCCAUUCAUGCUGUCCUCCCAAGGAACUGCUCCCCAUCUUGCUGUUCCACCUUGCUAUCCUCCUGGCCAUUCUCAACAUUACUUUCUAAAUUAAUAAAUUUCUCUCUUUUUUUAAGCUAAGUUUUGGAGUCUUGCAUUCUCGCAAAAGGUAUCUUUCCCAAACCCCAGGGGUACACAUCUGCACCCCCAUAACACUCUAAUUCAAAGAGUCUUUCUCAGGAGUUCAGCAUUCUGUGAGAAAAUGGCUGACUGAGUGGGGGGAUAUAAGAGGAUAAACCCUCAGAUCUGACCUUCUCCUUACAGGAAACCUAGGAGUGGACUCUAGGGAAGAAUCCUUUCCUUGAGUAGCUUCUUCCUGUUUCCCUAUGCUAUCUGAUCUUACUGAAAUCUGCCCCCACCAAGAAGAUAAAUCCACCUGCAGAGCUCAAAAGACAACAACCUGCUUGUUGGACAGUGAGUCCUACUUCACCCUGGAGGAGGAAAGAACUGAUCCCCUUCCUUCCCAGGUGCCAGUAUACUGUGACUCGGAGUCCUCCUAUGUGGAUCCUGGCAGGUCCCCAAAUUGGCUUCGGAUCCGAACCCUCCUGCAGCAGCUACCUCCACAAGACAGUGAUGAACGAUACUGUUCCACUCUUGGGGAAGAAGAGAGAGUCCAGCUUCGACUGUUCAGUGCCCAUCGGAGACAGCAGGCCCUGGGUCAGGGGGUCAUCCGAUUGGUACCUCCUAGGUUUGAAGGGCAUAUGUGUGAGAAGUGUGGUACAAAUCUGAGACCAGGUGAGCCUGGGGUAUUUGCAGCUAGGGCAGGAGAGAGUAGUUGCUGGCAUCCUGGCUGCUUUACCUGUCAGGCCUGUAGCCAGGCCCUACUCGACUUGAUCUAUUUCUACCAUAAAGGGCACCUGUAUUGUGGCAGGCACCAUGCGGAGCUGCUCAGACCUCGCUGUCCUGCCUGUGACCAACUCAUCUUCUCUGGUCGAUGCACAGAGGCUGCAGGGAGGCGCUGGCAUGAAGAUCAUUUCUGCUGCUUGGAUUGUACAAGACCCCUUAGCUCUGGGCAGUAUACCCUGCCUGGCAGUGGUCCCUGCUGCCCCAGAUGUUUUGAAAGCCGCCUUGACUCUGAUGCAGAGCCUAGUCAGCCUGAAGGAGAGACCCUUGUCUCCCAGAGCAAUGAUGUUUCCUUGAGUUCCUGCCAUGAAAACAGCAUGGAACAGCCUAGAGACAGCCCUGAGCAAGAUAGGAUUCCGCAGAGUUUUCUAAACAGUGCUGGAAUCUUUGAGAAAGCCCCUACAGGAAGAAGCCUGAGUCACUCUUUGAAGACCUCACAUCCAGCAGAAGAUGGACCCUGUCUGACUUGCUCUUCCUCUUCAGAUUCUGAGCCUGAUGGUUUUUUUCUUGGACAACCUCUUCCUCAAUCCAGGGUUGGGGGCCCCACUGCUCCUGGUAGUCUCCACCUUCAUCAAGGAGACAGAGCCUCAGGAAGACAGUGUAGGGUCUGCUAGGAUUCUUCCCUUCUCAUCCCCACUCCCCCCUUCAGGUGCAGGUGCUGAGAAAUGUGAACCAGAGCCUAAGUCCCAGACAGGAGACCCCACCCUCAUCUCCCACCUCCACUCCCCUAGCAAAUACAAGAGGAGAUUGCAACAACCAAGAAACUUUCAGCAAUGGGCAGGGGUUCAGGCCCCAGAGAUCUUUGGGGUGGGAGUGAGUGAGUAGGAUUCUGCUGUGAGGUGAAGGCACCUGGCCUCCUUUUCUGGGUCUUCAAAUAAGUCCAGCCCCCUGGGGCUAUUCCAGUUGUUUGCCAGGUCAGCUAUAGCUCCAAGUAUAGUACUAGCCUUGCAUUGACAGCUGCCAUCCAUGGUCAAAGAUCACGCAGUUCUGAGAUCUUGGGGUCGAUCAGUCAGUCAACAAGCAUUUAUUAACCUUAAAUGUCCAAAUGCUUGUUGACUGACUGGUGUACAGACAGGAGGGUGUAAAGUAAACGAGCCCUGGGCCUUUAAACAAAUUACUUUCUCCCCUUUCAUUAUUUCCCCUAUAUUUGUGUUGGCCUAGAUGAUUCUUAUUUUAAGUCCCUUUCCCACCCUUUGGUUCUAUGCAUUCACUAGCCCUCUUAGACCGACGGACUCAAUAAAAAGUGAUCAUCCAGUGA